AUGUUUGUUGUGGUUUUCAGAUAUAGCACAUGCUCGUACUUAACCGACGACUGCAUCUGCGUAGAAGGUGCCUCAAAUGGGUUUUUGCUGAAGAAUAGCGGGAGCGCCUUGUCCGGGGGCGCAGCGCUGAACGCGCAAAUGCUCUCCCCGAUUGCGCUCAACAUCGAGGCAGCAAAGCAGUCUACAGCGGAAGUGUGCUCGUGCAUACCUGUUGCGGUUGAGACAGGCGCUUCGCAGGCACAGUAUGUCUCGGCGCAGCCCCAGUAUGUAGCAGCCUCCGUACAGCCGCAAGUAAUACCAGCUGCAGCUACGCAAAUAGUAGCUGCGCCAGUUCAGGCAAUUCAGAGCGCACAAGCAGCCCAAAUUGUUGCGGCCCCAGCAGCAACCCAAUAUGUUGCAGCACCUGCACAAACAGCGCAAAUUGUCGCAGCACCUGCACAAGCAGCAACCCAAUAUGUCGCAGCGCCUGCACAAGCAGCAACCCAAUAUGUCGCAGCGCCUGCACAAGCAGCUCAAUAUGUUGCAGCACCAGCACAAGCAGCUCAAAUUGUUGCUGCACCUGCGCAAGCAGCGCAAAUGGUCGCAGCACCUGCAUCAGGAGCCCAGUACGUUGCAACUGGCGGCGCUGGGCAGAUGAUUGCAGCUCAGUCUGUAAAGGCAGCGCCUGUUCUGGUGCAUGCAGCGCCGGUAGCUGCUAGUGUGGUGCCAAUCAGCAUGAAUGCCAUCCAGGCUGCGCAGGUUGCAAAGAUGCAGAAGAGCGGCAUUAUCCUGCAGGCUGCCGAAGCUGCAAGCCUAAACAGCGCAAGCCAGGCCGACAAAAUGGCGCGUGCUGCUGUGGCAGUCACUGAAAUGGGCGCCACGCAGGCAAAGCGCGCCAAGGAAAUGGCAGCAGUUGCGGCAAUGGCCCAUUUGGUGCACCAAGAAAACACGAAAGCCGCCAUAAACGGAUACAAGGCCCUGCAGAAAAUGGGAGCUGCAACCCAGCAGGUGAUUGCUGUUGGGGGCGUGUCUUCUAUAGGGGGAGGCAUGCCUGUUGGAGGAAUAGCAAUGGCUCAGCCAACGAUAGCAGUCGCUCAGCCGACGAUGGCAAUAGCUCAGCCGACGAUGGCAGUCGCUCAGCCUGCAGUGUCUGUUAUGGGGGCAAGCCCUGUGCUGGCAGGUGCUGGUGCCGUUAUAGCCAGCGCAAACGCAGCCUUCCAAAGAACAGAAUCGCCCAUGGUCUAUGGGGUAAUAUCAUCGGGGGCAGCUGGCAGGCAGUGCAUCUGUCCGCCCAUCUACGAAGCACCAGCGGCUUUGAACGCAGGCGAGGCAAUAACAGAAGGAGGCGGAUUUGGGGCGAAGCUGGCAGCCAGCCUUGCAUCGCGCAUCAUCUCUGGAGCUUCGCUGGAGGAAAGCGGGACGGAGGCGAGUGCGCUCUGCGUAGAAAAAAUAAAGUCGGUGCAGGCAUCCCAACGGGUGCAGCAGAUAGUUGCAUCUGGGGAGCUUACGCCUUGCUUAGACACGAUUGGAAAGUCAUCCCUUUUAGAUGGAUUAGUCCUGUCUAAUCUUGUAUGCUAUUGCUAA